AUGGCACCGUUUCACGCAACAGCAAGAGCAGAACGCGAAAAGAAAAUCAAGUCCGUCUGUUCUUUUGCGUCAGGUCUCCCGGACCGCCUCAGCACAUCGCCCGACGAAACGCUUGCAGAGGAUCUUCAAGACCAAAUCCGCGGCUUGCCGCUCGCAGCAUCCUCGGUCGUGGCAGCACAGCAAGACGAACUCGAAAAGCUGGGAACCGAGCUGUGGAACACCUCAACUCGUCUGCGACGUGAUCUUUCUCACACAAACGGCAGAGCCUCAGAAGAAGCAUCACGGAAAUAUCAUGAAGCGGGGCUGUUGCGCGUCUUCUCGUUCCUGCUUUUGGACUCCGCGGGUAGCCAGUCCAUUCAAGGCCGGGAACGCAAGAACUGCAUCCGGCUGAUGAAGAUAGCGCUCAAGGCUGCAAGAUGGUGCAUUGAGAACAAAGAGGUCGGCAAUGCGACAAAGGUUCUUGAGCGCGCUGCUGAGUAUCAGGAGAUGUUGGCGCAAGAGGGUGAGAAUGAGAGGAACGAAGCUGAGUGGGGAGCACGACUGCGCGUUGAGUACUAUGCUCUGCGGACUGCUCUGGCGUGGAGAUCGGAUCGACUGGACACUGCGGAGCACAUGUUCACCAAGUGCAACCACCUCUCGCGUUUCCUCACAGCCUCUCUUGCAGAAGGCAUUGCCGAUCUAUUCUACGAGAUAGGCAAAGAUCUACUUAGCAAACGCGACUGCGAGGCAUCGACGCGAUGGUUCGAGCGUGCUCAUGAUAUUCUUGAAGAGCAAAGGCUUGAAAUGCUCAGCGCGGAAGCGGGGGAGUUGAAAGUGAGCAUCAUGCAUAGUAUAGUGCAAGCAUACCUGAAGCUCAAAACCGCCGAUGCUCGCACCAAAGCAUGGCAUAUGCUCCAGCUACUCGAAGCAGAUCAUGAAGGCAAGAUGUCUGUAAGCCUGCUUAGGCUCGACCUUUUGUACUCAGAGACCCAAGUGGAUGCCGAAAAAGUCUAUCUAGUCCUGCAUCGGGUGAUCCGAUUCGUUGUACUCAAUGAGCGGAAUGUCAAGACGAUUUUACACCAUGUUCACAAGCUUAAGGACCACAAUACCGUUACCUCUUGCAAGGUGAUCGACGAACUCAUCUGCACCCGCCUUUUCCGAGAGGAGAAAGCGGCGUGGAUCGAGAAAGCUGUCAUCACAAGGAUAUGGAUUACCUGCACCACACAUGUUGCAGAAGGAACGCUAUAUCAACUCCUGGGGCUAUUCGACGAAGUCCUUCGAAAUGUGCAGGCCCCGUUCUCUGCGCAGGUGACCCACGCGGCACAGACUCUGCUUUGGAAACAGAUCGAGGCCACUUCUAGCCUUGGUCAGCAUGAAGAAGCCGAAGCAUGGUGUGGAAUAUGCCUUCAUUCGUUGUUCGACAUGGCAGGUGAGAUCAACAGAUCUAAGAUUGCAAGGUCUUUAACGCGAAAUUGGUGUAUGCAGGUCCCAUUGCUCACGUCCAACAGGAAGAUGAUCAUGUGCACUAUGGCACGGCAUGAUUAUGCAGCCGCUCGGGAAAUUUUCUCCAAGAUGUCCGAUAUCGGUCGAGAAGAUCGCAUGACCCGGUAUAUGAUGUACAAAGUUGCGUUGCACGGCAACUACCCAGAUUUCGCGGCGCUAGAAAAGCUGCUCGAGAAGUACAACGACCAGGUACCUACUGGUGUGCACCUACCGGCACUUUUACGUAUGACUGUACGGCUUCUCAUGUCGGAACAGAUCAAGAAUGGCGUUUUCCAGAAAGAUAUAUUCGAACAGAUCUGCAGAACAUUUGAAGGAGCGUCAGCGCAUGCGAAGGCUUCGCGACGAAGACCCAGUAACCCGAGCAGGCAACAGUUCAACGUUGGAGAAAUUGAGUGGUUCUCGAAAAACUCAUACAACUUAGCUAUCAAAUACUGCGCCGAAGUGCAACCCACAAGCCUCGUCCGCUUGUUGACUGCAUGCAUAGAAUUUGUCAAAUUACUCAAGGACUUCAAUCAUGCGCAAGAAAAAGACGGUGACUACUGUCUCCGGUUGAUGUUUUUGCAUUACCUUUCCGUCUGUGCCUUUACGACUCUGGCUCGUGCGGAAGACAGUAUGCAAGCUUGUAUUCAAAACUAUCUGCAGGUUUCCAAGCACGGGAGAGAGUUUCGCUUUGUCGGUGCUGAUUUCGUCGACAAGUUACGCGGGUCCUCGAAAGCCGACAUGACAGCGAAGCACGUCCAAGUCGUCAAGCUGGAGCUCGAAGCUGCACUGAAACGUGAGCAGUGGGAGGAAUUAGAUGAUCUGUUCGAAGAAUGCUGGAGAUACGGAGAGCCACAGCACUACGACACGCUUGCCGACCUGGUACUCAUCAUGUACUCCUCCUUGUCGAAAGACAACGUUGACGGCAAGUAUCAGACCAAGGUUCUUUCCGCGCUCCAAAAGAUAAUCAAUGCGAGUGGGAAGACUGCGGGUUUUGAUAUUGUUAAGAUGUCCAGGUGGAUCCGCUGUCUUUUUCAACUCGCUCUGACAUAUGAUGAGACUGUGAGCUUGAAGUGUCUCGAACAUGCAACCCGCAUCGCGUCUGGAAGGAAAGGGACGCCUUCCCAUAUGCCUGAGACCCCACCUGCGACGUCGCCUUACGCAUCGAUGGACUUUGAUAUAGCGAGGACUGACCACGAUGCGAAGGAGCUCAAUCGUUACCCAACCACCGAGCUGGAGUGGCUUGCCACCACGGCGUUCAAUCAUGCGGUCGAUUACUACGUGCAGGAAAAGGACGAAAAGUGCAAGCUGUGGGCGGAGAAGGCGCUUAUGCUGGCUGAUUGGGGCGAAGAUGGCAAUAGGUUGAGGGAUGCCCUGAUGGACAAGUACAAGGGACUUACUUGGGAUGAUGAAGACUGA